AUGAGUUCGAGGGAACAAGGCCAGGUCCAGGGCGGUCCUCAGCAGACCUUUGUGCAUAUGUUCUUGAGAUCUUCCUCACCAGCUGGAACCGCCAGUCCGCCGCAUACACCCUCAACAUGUCCAACGCCCACAGGACACGGACGCCAGCGAACCCUCGUAUACCGUCUCGUACACCGUAUGGUUCUGGUUCAGCACGAACGCGAUCAUGUCUGUGUUGAUCCAGCCGCGUUACAGGUGUUUCGCAGUGAGGGCGGUCCUACCGGUGAGAGGGGAAAGGAGAGGUUUAGCGAGCUUGGUGUGUUUGGAGAGGUCGGCAAAGCCUGUGGAGGUGGGUGA